CCAAGGACACCAUCAGCAUGCUGCAGCACAAGUGCAGACAGCAGGAAGAGGAGUGCAAGAGGCUGCAUCAAAGACUUGAGCAAUUGGAGGAGGAAUGCAGGUCAUCCAGGGAGCAGCAGCACCUGCAGGCUCUGACAGAUGCACCCAGAAGUGACUGUGCCAAGCUUAGGAAAAUCAAGGAGGACCUACAGCAAAAUCUAACACAGAAGCAAGAAACUUGCAGUCUGCCUCAGCAUAAGACUGAACUGCAGCUGAAGGAAAAGGUGGAGCAGCAGCAGGCACUGGAGAGAGUGCAUCGUGACCAUGGGCACCUGUGAGUUUUAAAGCUUUCU